AGCAAUGAAAACGCGUAGCAACAGCGGCGCUGGAUUGGCUGGCGUCGAAGCCAUUUUCUUGAGCUCAGCCGAUCCGGAUGAAGGAACGGGUGGCGAGAAGACGUCCGUCGUCACCCAAGAGCUUUGGAGGCAAAAACACGCGCAAGAGGAAGAGGAAGCGGAACGCACGAAGAAACAGCAGCAUUCGACCAACAAGCCAAAACAACAGCAAUCAGCUGAUGACGUGUCGCAAAAACAGGACCAAACGAAAGCCAAGGAUGACAAACGAGUAUCGAACAAACAAGCAGCCGAACAACCUGCUGCAUCGACGUCGUCAGGGAAACGAUCCAAACACAAACAACAACAACACGCGAGAGACGAAGCGCAAGAGUUCGACAAUCAAAACAUCAACGGCCGCAAUUCGUUGAGGAAGACGCGAUCUGUGACGGACGUCGAUGGAGAACGCGAGAGCCAGGCCUCGUCGGCCGCUUCGUCGGCCACGGCCCGGCGCGGAGGUCGUCGCAUGAGCAUCUCCGUUGCGGGCGCCCAUCAUCAAUACUCGAUGGGCUCAUCUUCGAGGGAUUCGUCCCGACGCAGCAGCGCCGCCAGCAUCGUCAUUUCCAUAUCGAGGCCAGAUUCGCCAUUGCCGCACCUCAUCCAGCGGAUAGGCGAAGAAACGCUAUCGAUCGAAUUUUUAAGGUUCAGACGAACGGCCAAAGUUGUUCAUUCGGCCUCGAAAUUCCGCCACCCGCACAUCGUCGUCCAAGCGCCCGACGGCACGACCAACGCCAACAUGAGCAGCGAAGAGACGGCCGCAAACCUCAUCCGCAUGCACAAGGAGCGCAGGAGUUCCAUGCCGACCGUCCCGCGUUUAGACUUGAAGGAAGAAAACGAAAAGGACAGCCGCAAACAAAAGAAGAACAAAGACGGUUCGUUGGCUACGACCAACAAGCGUUUAACCGACGGCCAACAGACCCGACGAAAUAGACGUCGUCGUUCCAGCACUGGAUCCAGCAUACAGGGUUUCUACAUGCCGGCCAGUAGGCCAUCGUCUGCUAUGGCAGCCGAUGCGGCCGCAAUCGAUGCCGCGUCACGGCCGUCCUCAGCCGCUACCAUCGUCCAACUGGGCAAAUUAUCGAGACCGUGGACGCCGGCCCGAUCGCCUUCGCCCGCCUCGGGAACCGGUUCGGCCAACCGAUACGGCGCUGGAAGCCGAAACUUCUUUCGCAGCCGCACUCCGACAUCCAUGGCGGCUCCGUUGCAAGCGCUCAACAGCAAAGUCAACAACAUUCUGGGAUGCGCUUCCAACAUUCUCGAUUUCUAUCACCUCAGGCCGGACAUCAAGAAAGAGCCGGAUCAACGUCGUCAACACCGUCUGCUCAAAUCGAUGAAAAUGAACGAAGCGGCUAAAAAAAUCGAAAAGGAAGACACUGCCCAAUCACGGCUGAUAAAAUUUCGUAGAAAAGCCGGCCAGGGCAAUCCGGCGGAUAAAUUGAAAGACGUUAAACACGUGAUGAAAUCAGCCAGUCAGCCGAUGGCACCGGCACCGGCGGCAGGGCUACUCGCUAAGAAACAAGAGGGUACGCAAAAGCCGGCAAAAGCUGGCAAAGGCAAUGCUAAAGAAAAGGUGGCCGCACCGAAAACGGCCAAACCGAUCCAAGAGCCGGCCAACGAGAAAAAGGCGAAAACACAAGACGACAAGAGAAAGCCAAAGGCCGACAGGGAAACGUCAAAGAGCAACACGAAACUGCCAAUGCUGUCGGCGUCAAUGACGGCCACUCAAAAAGCUCUCGACAGUAUGUCGCUCCAUCCGGGCACAAACAACAAAACGGCCCUGGGCAAUUUGGCCGUUACGGCCGGUGGGGGUUCGUGCGUGUCCCUCAAUUCGGCCGUUUCUUCGCACUCGUCGGGCGCUGAUUCUCAACUGAAAGGCGUGCCCCUAUUGAAAUCGAUGAUGCAAAAGCAAAAGGCCAAAACGGCCGUCGUGGCAGCCGUCGCAUUUUCGGGCAAAUCAUCGACAUCGUCGAUGACCAAAUUCCGAAUCAAAAAAGUCAUGAAAAUGGCCAAAACGGCCGGACUCGUUGCCCGUCGAAAGCCCAUCAAUUCCAACAGUCAAUCGACGCAAAACAACGCGAACAAUCAAGGCCCGCCGACCUUAGUCAAUUUCUUCAAGCGCAGCAAUCGGACCAACAACGCAGACAGUCGCAUCCCCAUCAAGUACGAGACGUUUACGGACAAGGACCGAGCGGCCGCCGUCCUGCUGGGCGACGCCGAUAUCAAAACGACACUGGAAAAGCAAUUGAAAAGCGAAAGAGGUCGUUACGUCUUGCCCAAAGAGAGCCCGGCACAAGUUUAUCUGGCGCAGGCAGAUUUCGAGAUGCGCAUCGGCGGAUUGGCCACGGCCAAAACUUUACUCAACAAGGCAUUGGAAUUACAACCGGGAGAUAAAAAUGCCUUGUGUUCACGGUCCCGCUGCCGAUUGCAAAUGGGAGACACCAAGGGAGCCCUGGACGAUGCAGAGGAAGCUCUGACUCACGACAGUUGCUACGUCAGAGCUACGUAUCAAAAGGCCGAAGUUCUCUACCAAAUGGGCCGAUUCGAAGAGGCGUUGGUCUUUUAUCACAUGGGCUGUAAACAACGGCCGGACAUGGAGCUGUUCCACCAAGGUGUUCGCAAGGCCCAAGAAGCCAUCGAAAUUUCUUUAGGAGUCAAACAGCCUACGCUGCAUCAACAACAACAGUAUCGCAGCACCACGUCGAGCAGUAAAAGAAAUACAACGUGGGCCGGGGGAUCUCGAUUGCCACCACUCGGCAAGGCCAACAACGGCCACCAAAUGAAUCCGUUUAGUCAACAACUGGAGCAGCGACUAUGGCCAGCAGGACCGACCACUCAUCGAGACUCCUCUCUGCUCGGAGACCUUCACGUCGACAAGAUCUACCUGGAAAGGUUACUCGAAAAUCCAGGGUUACACAAUCAGAGCGUGCCCAGUCAGAAAAUCAUCCAUCACGCCAAAGAGACGCUGGAAUACUUGAAGGCCAGGGAGAAUUUCUGGAAACAGCAACAGCCGUUCCAGAUUAUUUAUCCAAAAGAAAGGACCAAAAUCAAAACGCAUCGACGACGACGCAUCCCUUCGUCCAAUGGCAACACGACAUCGACCGAAGACUCUGGAACCAAACAAUCAGAGAGCGUGAGUAGCAGUCACGAGAGCGGUGGUGGUAACACCAGUGGCAAUAGCACUAGCCGUUUAGAGGGAGAGGAGUCUUCAUCAUCGGGAGCUUCGACGGAAAGAGGAGAGCCAUCGAACGUGCGCUGCUCAUCGGAGGAAGUGUCGCGCAUUUUAGCCGUUGCGGCCGAAGAAGAUGAAUGCAACGAUAACGAAGAGUUGGAAGAAUGGCGGCAAGUCCUCGACGACAUGAGUCAAUGCAUGGAAAAGGAGCAAUGCGUCGACGUCUUUCUAGCCAAAUGUUGCGCGUGGGCAAAAGACGAGGAUUUGACUAGCGAAAUCGAAGCGAAAAUGAGUUUAAUGCGAUUACACGGCGAGCAACAGAACCAAUGCAAAGACGAUGGAAAUACCAACGAAAAAACGCAUUUGGCCAUUGAAAUGGCCGCACUUUACUUGGCCAAUGGCCAACAAGAGUUGUCCAAAAGUUCCGCUCAACAGGGUUUAGCGUUGGCCGAAAUGACGGGCGAUGCGUGCGCUCUCUUGCAACUUUGGCUCCUCAUGGCCGCCAUAGAAGCAUCGAACGGCAAUGUGGACAAUGUCGCAACCUGUUUGCUCAAAGCUCGGCGCAUUUUCAACGGGGAAAAUGAGCAGAACGAAAGAGAGGAUCAAGUCGAUCCCGACGAGGUCAUCCACCCUGAAGAAGGUUUGAGCUUCAAUUGA